AUUCAGAAGCAUCGAUCUGAUAAUCAGUUCUCUAUGGAGAAAAAGGAAGAUGAGAAAGCAAAUAAGAUAACUUUUAGGAGCGUCCCAGAAUUUAGAGGGCUAUUUAUUGAACAGUGUUUGGCACAAGCUACUGAGUAUGGAUUUUCUGGAACUUCUUUGAAGCAAACUUCGUGGGGAAAUUUGUGCAAGUUCUUUUCUGAGAAGUAUGACUGCACCAUCACACAAAAAAAGUUGAGAAACCACUGGGAUUACUUGCGAACCCAAUAUGUCACUUGGUCCCGUCUCUUAGCUAGAACCGGACAUGGGUAUAACGCGGAGACGAACACAUUUGAUUGGAGCGAAGAGCAAUGGGUUGAAUUAGACAAGACAAUCAAAAACGCUAGUCAAUUCAAGAACAAGGGGCUGGAAGAUGCAGAGAAGUUGCAGAAUUUAUUUGAUGGGAAAUUCUCCACUGGAGCUAAUAGAGAUACGCCUGGAAGAGUGGAACCGCCUUGUUCAGCUGGAACUUCUAUAACUGAAGGGGUUUCAAAUAAUGGAUCUGAAUCUCGUACAAGUCAUGGAAAAGAAAAAAAUCAUGAGGAUGACAACGAGGUUGAUUCUAGUCUCAAUGCAAAGGGGAGUGGCAGGAAAAGGAAGAAGGAAAUGGAGGAAGAAUCAAGUGAUCUAUUAACUGAGAAAGUUUGUUCUAUUGUAACAUCGAUGGAGACUCAUCUUCAACAUAAGAAACUUGCUCUAGAAAAGGAUAGCGCAGCCGAAUUCAUGAAAGCUUUGGAUAAUUUACUUGAGACUGAUUGCAUCACAAUGGAUGAGUAUUUGAGCAUAACUCUAAAAGCUUCAGAGAUGCCUGGUUGGCAGAAAUUGUUUGUCAGUUUGAAAAGCGAUGAGCGUCGUGUUGCCUUUGUACACAAACUUUUAAAAGAACGUUGA